AUGCAUUCUUUGAAGUAAGGGAUGGAUGAUCGGUUAAUUUAUUAACCAUAAUUGAAACCAUAUACAAUUAUCUCUCAAAAUAAACUGAAAAGAACAAAUUACUUAACUAUACCAAGUGGUUACAUCCUAUCAAGUUAUGAACUAGACAAUCGAGAAAUAUGUAUCUUACAUAAAGGAGAUUUCAGGUAUAUUUAAAAAUAACAGGAACAAAAAAUAAUAUAGCAAUUUAAAUUCAACAUGCAAUUUAACCGAAGAUAUUUAUGA